AUGGCUGACAACAGGAACACGUCUGAUGACAAGCCCGUUCAGCGUUCUAAGUCUUUCAGUUUUAAGACGCAGAAGGAGACGUGUGCAUCAUGUGAGAAAACCGUGUAUCCGAUGGAGAGAUUGGUGGCCAACAACCUCAUCUUCCACAACACGUGCUUCUGCUGCAAGCAUUGCAACACCAAACUCAGUCUGGGGUCCUAUGCAGCGCUGCAGGGGGAGUUCUACUGCAAACCACACUUCCAGCAGCUCUUCAAGAGUAAAGGGAACUAUGACGAGGGCUUCGGGCGCAAGCAGCACAAGGAGCUCUGGGCCUCCAAGGAUGAAGAGAGCAUCACCAAGACAGCAUAA